GUAAAGCAGACAGAAUUUUGCAUAUUUAAUCAUGUUUUACAAGAUACAUUAUUUUCAAAAGGUCGAGGAUGCAUGCUUUAACCUAUGCCGGACCUCCUUCUAUAUAAUGGACACAGAACCAGAGGGCAGAUGCAGAAUCUGGCUGGUCUAAGCUUUUCUAAUAUUCAUCCCCUGCCUCUAGCUCCGUCCCCUCCGGCAAUGGACGAUGAAGAAGCACAGCGGCUCGUGCGCACGAACACCAACCCGGCACGGAGUGAAUCGCCGCCGCCCGCGAAGCUAGAGCUGACCGUGGAUGAAGUCGUGGAAGAGUACGUCGGAUCGUUCGGGUUCGCGCAGCUGCUGCACGUGUUCUUGGUGUCGCUGGCGUGGAUAUUCGAUUCCCAGAGCACGCUGAUCACGAUCUUCACCGACGCGCAGCCGUCGUCUUGGAGGUGCAAGUCGCCGGGUUCGUGUGCCGAUGCCGGCGGAGACGGAGGCGCCGUGGCUUCCGUAUGUGGAUUGGAGGGAGGGACUUGGGAGUGGGUCGGUGGCAACGCCAGCUCGGUGAUCGCCGAGUGGGGUCUCAUCUGCGACCGCAAGUUCCUCGCCGCCAUACCCGCCUCUCUCUUCUUCCUCGGCUCUUUAUUAGGAUCAGCGGUUUACGGUCACUUGGCCGACGCGCGGCUGGGCCGGAAGAGAACCGUGCUAAUUGCCUGCGUCUUGACAACUUUGACCGCUUUCCUCACCUCUCUUUCACCGGACGUAUGGACGUAUGCCGUCCUCCGCUUCGCCAACGGGUUUGCUCGAUCGGGAAUCGGCAUCUGCUGUCUCGUCCUCUCCACGGAAGCUGUCGGCCGCAAAUGGCGCGGGCAAGUCGGGCAAUACGGCUUCUUCUUCUUCACCGUGGGGUUCCUCUCUCUCCCCUUGAUCGCUUAUCCCACGAGAAGUUGCUGGAGGGACUUGUACAAGAUAAUAUCCGUCUUCCCCCUGCUCUAUUGCUUCCUCUUGGUCCCUUUUGUUUCAGAGUCGCCGCGCUGGCUUCUUGUCAAGGGGCGAGACGGAGAAGCGCUCGACGUGAUGAAGAAGUACGCAAGACUCAAUGGGAAGAAGCUGCCGUCGAAUCUAGUCCUCUCCAAUCCGUCUCCGCCGAAAGCGGUCAGCAAAGAUGAGGCCGGAGGAGUAUCAAUGGCAGAUGAAGCAGAGGAGAGCCUGUGGAAGACCAGAUGGGCUGCACAAAGAAUGGUUCUGGUAAUGUUAGCCGGUUUCGGGGUCGGGUUCGUCUACUACGGCAUUCAGUUAAACGUUGAGAACCUCAACUUCAAUCUUUACCUAACCGUGGCCCUCAACGCGGUGUUGGAAAUCCCCGCGGUCUUCAUCGGGAGCGUGCUCUUGAGCUUCAUGAACCGCCGCCUACUCUUCUCGCAGUCCGCCUUCCUAGCUGGAGUCUCGUGCAUCCUCUGCAUCGUCUUCUCUCGAGAGAACCGCGGCGGCGGUGGCAGCGUUGCGGAUAAACCGGGCGGGAGCUGGGCGCAACUCCUCAUCGAAGGGGUGGGGUUCAUGGCCGCUUCCAUGGCAUUCGACGUGAUGUACAUCUACUGCGUCGAGCUGUUCCCUACCAACGUGAGGAACUUCGCCGUGUCCAUGCUGCGCCAAGCCCUCAUGCUGGGGGCUUCGAUGGCGCCACUGCUGGUGGCGGUGGGCCGGCUGACCCCGUCGUUCUCGUUCCUCGUGUUCGGCUCGCUUUCCAUCUUCAGCGGAGUUUUGGGCCUCUGGCUUCCCGAGACUAGGAAUGCUCCUCUCUACGAGACCCUGAAACAACAAGAAGAGGUGGAAAUCCUGAGCUGCGGAUCCGAUGAUCCGGGUUCGGAGCUUGGAAAGGAGGUCAGAAGUUAGUAGCCCACCGACAUGAUCAUGCGACGGUUUCAUUUUGCAAGACAUUGCGCAUCAGAAACUGCAAAGUCUGAGCACACCAGAGCACACCAGAGCACACCAGAUGACCAGGAUCAGAUGCUAAACGUAAAAUAUUUGAUAGUUGU